UCCAUGUGUUGUUUUGUUGAUAUGCCGUGAUUUACCGUGGCUUCAGGCAUGUGCCAUUUCAUGUGCCAAAACUAAAUGGAACAAAAACCAAGACCGAGCCAGGGUUGGGAACGCACCCUCAAAUAACUAGUUGAUAAAGACCAGAAGAACAUUGAGGAGUACCCAGAUGCAGGUCCUUCUUUUUACCCCUACAGUGUGUGUUAUACACUAUGCGUCCAUUACUUCCUCAGGCACCAGCCAGCAUGGACCCAAAUGAUAUGGAGUGAACCAGAGGCAUCACACAUGAUUUUAUACAGUGAGGAUACACCCGGAAACAAGUGGUACAGUGAACCAGGAACCGUCUCAUCAACAAAUAACAAUGAGCUGGUUCCAGACCUACCGGAUCCAGAGGCUGGUGGAGAAGACAACGAAGAACUGAGUGUGUGAGGAGGGCGGAACACUUGUGACGGCAGAUCAGUGGAGAGAAGCUCCUAGUAUCUGUGUGUCAUUCACUGGGUGUUUGUGUGUGUGUGUGUGCGCGUGUUUAAAGUCCACUUGGAUUAUACUGAGCUCACGGAAACGUACAUAUCCUUCUCUUCGAGGAAUUUAUACUUCAUUCAGGUUCCUUCAAUCCUCUUGGUAAAGGAGGCUGCCUGCUUGCCCGCCAGUGUUUGCCUGAGUGUGUGGGUGUAUGAAGGGGUGUUUGUGAGUCGGAGGGUGAAAAUGUUUGUGUGAGUGCCAUCGCAUGCAUUUACACCUUACACAGAGAGCGUUUGUCCCAUGAGACGGUUGGCGGAGAUGCAGGGAGCUCGGUCCUGUGUGCCACAGCUCCUGCUGCUGAGCUCCUGUGUGUGUGCGGCUGCCGGCUACCCAUUCAGAACGCCUCUGGACCUGGAUGUGACUCCACGCAUCACAGUGUUGAGCAGUGGUCUCCAGGGCUGCAGGCGUUUCCAGUCCUCUGCAGUCAACUACAGCACCAUGUUGCUGGAGCCUGACAGUGAGCGUCUCUACGUCGGUGCCCGGGGGGCUGUGUUUGCUCUCAAUGCCUCUGACAUCUCAGCCAGCUCUCCUCUCACAAUUGAGUGGGAGGCCUCCCCUGAACAAAAACGUCAGUGUCUGCUCAAGGGAAAAGACAAUAAGACGGAGUGUUUUAAUCACAUCCGCUUCCUCCAGAGGUUCAACUCAAGUCAUCUCUACAUGUGUGGAACUUAUGCCUUCGGACCACUCUGUGCAUACAUUGAUGAGAGGAGGUUUGUGAUGUCAUCUCAGCCUGAGGAGGGCCGAGACAAAUGCCCUUAUGGGCCACUAACAGGCUACACUGGACUCAUCAUAGACCAGCAGAUGUAUACAGCCUCCCAGUAUGAGUUUAGGAGCUUUCCAGAUAUUCGCCGUAACUCUCCAUCUCCCACACUGAAGACAGAAGACGCCCCAACGCGCUGGCUGAAUGAGGCAGACUUUGUGAGUUCGGCACUUGUGAGGGAGAGUUUGGGCGAUGAUGAUAAGAUCUACUUCUUCUUCACUGAGAAGAGCCAGGAACAGACAACAUCCUACAGCCACAGCAGGGUGACACGAGUGGCUCGGGUUUGUAAGGGUGACCGGGGAGGCCGUUUAACUCUUCAGAAACGGUGGACAUCUUUCCUCAAAGCAAGGCUGAUGUGUUCUCUGCCCGAGUAUGACUUCCACUUCAACAUGCUACGCAGCAUGUUCGUUAUGCCUAGCCACACACCACAGGACACGCUCUUCUAUGGCAUCUUCGGCCUGGAGUGGAAAAAAGUAAAGGUGUCUGCGGUGUGUCGGUUCUCUCUGUCUGAUGUCCAAGAUGCCUUUCAAGGUCCCUACAUGGAGAACCAGAACUCUGGCCUUAAGUGGAAGGAAUAUACUGGAAAGAUCCCUGAUCCACGACCUGGAUCGUGUAUAACCAAUGAUCUGAGGGCCAGGGGCAUAAACUUCUCCACCUCCUUACCUGAUGAUGUGCUAGACUUUGUCAGGAGGCAUCCGCUGAUGUCGCAGCAGAUCCAACCUUCAGACAAACGCCCCCUUUUGUUCAGGAGGACCACAGACUACACACGCAUGGCACUACAUAGGAUCCAAGCCUUAGAUGGACAAACAUACCAUGUAUUAUAUAUUGGCACAGAUGAAGGCUGGUUACACAAAGCUGUAGAAGUUAACGGUCAGCUGCACAUUAUUGAAGAGCUUCAACUGUUUGAUGAACCACAGCCUGUUAACAAUCUACUGAUAUCAACAAAACAGAUGAGUGUGUACGUGGGCUCUCCAUCAGGUGUGGUGCAGCUGCCGCUGUCUAACUGCCACAGAUACACCUCCUGCUAUGACUGCAUCUUUGCCAGAGACCCUCACUGUGCUUGGAACAGAGCCCAGUGUGUGGAUGUAAUGGCGCACACAGACAGAUCCACUUUAAUUCAGGACAUCCAGCAGGGCAACAGGGGCUGUGCAGAAAUCUCAUCUGCUGACGUCGUCCUGCGGAGCCGCUCUGUGCGGGUGGGUGAUGACGUGCUGCUGCAGUGUGAGCUCAGCUCCAACCUGGCAACGCCCUUCUGGACUCUGAAUGACAAUGAGCUGCAGGGUUAUGGCCUCAGCUCUGGGUUCAGAACCGGCACCGAUGGCCUGCUGAUCAUCGAGGCCCAGCAGGACCAGAGUGGCCUGUACACCUGCUUCUCUGUUGAGAACAAUAUCAAUGUUGCUGUGGUUGCUUACAAUGUCUCCAUCCGCUUGGAUCUGCCUCCUCCUCCACCUGCUGAGCCAACUGAGGUCCCUUAUAGUCACCCCGUCACUCCUCCAGCACCCACCGAGCAUCCAUCCUCUGAGAGGCCACUCCCACCACCCCCAGGCCCUCUCCUCCCCCGCUCAGAGCUGCUCUCCCCCAGGAGCAUGGAGGCCAUGUACCUGUCCAUCAUCACCAUUCUCGGAGGCCUGUGUGUCGUCCUCACUGUGGUUCUCAUCUAUGUGGGCUUCUGCCUGCGAUUGGGCCACAGAGGGAAGUACUCAUUACGCACCGCAGCUGCUGCCUACCCGAACAAUAAGAGGCACAAGAGAAACAGAAAACAGCACAGAAACUCCUCCCAAAUGGAGCUGAAGACAAUCUCAAGCCACUGUAAUGGCAAUGGCAUUUGUAACGGAGUUUCAAAGCAACAUAACAGCGACAUCCAGGAUGGAGGCUUCCUCCAGAUUGUUCCCGGUGAAGGUCACCCGUCACCCAAUAAGGAAACUCCUCCCCCAGCACCACCUCUCCCUCCCACACUGCAGCUUCCCUCUCCAGGAUAUGAAAUCCCCAAUGGGCUGUCAGCCACGCUGCCUAGUGUUCUAAGGAGGAUAAAUGGGAACAGCUACAUGUUGCUGAGGCAGAGCGAGUCUGAAAACACAUCACCAAACUGCUACUCUUUCGCUGAGGAGCUCAAUAAGAUCUUAGAGAAAAGAAAACACACUCAGUUGCUGCCCAGGCCGGAUGAAAGCUCCGUAUAGAGGGAUGAGAUUCCCCCUGUGGUGGGAAGACUGCUGUGUUUUUACCUGGUGCUGAAGUGCCUGUCAUGUGACUCACUAUUGAGUCUUAUCUACAUUCUUUACUUUGGAUUUUUUUUUCUACAUUAAGAUAUUUCUGCUUUUUGAACUUUUGAGCUGUUUCUCAACCUUAAUUCCCAAAUUUCUCAACACAGCCAACGAAGGCACCAAGCACAAAAUGUUCAAAAUAAAAUGUUCAAAAAAGUGUAAUCUACCUCAUCUCAGUACUGGCCAGGAGGACAUGUUGUCUGCUCCAAGUUUCAGGGCUGAGAUGUCAGCCACAGAAGGAUCUUGAUCCCACAAAGCAGGAUACACAGACUCAGACAAGGAGCAGCACCCCGUGAGAAUAUAAAUACUUGCGAAUGCUUCUGCUGUGGUGAGGCCAUAUUUGGCUCAGUUCAAACUGGAGGGCUGCUAGCCAGAGUUGGUUUGCACUGACGAGUGCGCAGAUGGCCUAUGCAUUUUUAAAACAUGACAUUCACGCAUUUUAAAUAUUGGGAAAACGGACAUGGUGAGCAAGGGAAUUUGGUUUGCUAUGUUUUCACACUUAACGCUGACUUAACCAGCACAGAACAAUAUUCAGUAACUCAUGGUGACUUAUAACACUUUACACCAGUUGGCACACUGGAGUGGUGAACUAAUCAUUAUUUAAUAUUAUUUAUAAUUUGGAGUUAAGUAAUUAACCAUAUUGAAGGUUUCUUAAUUUAUUAGUUUUAUACUUAAUCAUUAACAACACAAUGUAACAAAUGUAAUUAUUGCAAUAUUAAAAUACUCACAUAUACUGUGACACUUAACAAUGUGUUGGUAAUUAUGUAAUUUUUCUUAAAAUAUUUGUAAACACAAAUAAGCUCUGCUUAAAGUCACAGCUCACACCCUGAAUCCAUCAUAUAUGGUUAAAACUGCUGUAUGUUACCACUUUUAUGUUUUAACUCACAUCUGCUACAAAUGUGUAACAAGUGGUCAUUAAACAGGAACUUGCACAGUAUUUAUAGGAUCACACAACAAGGAAAUAGUCCUAUUACUUCCUUGCAAAACUGAAGAAAUAUUAAGUAGUGAUUAUUUCACCAGGUGUUAAUAGACAGCCUGAAGAAAAUAUGACAGUGUUACUGAGUUUUAAUGCACUUUAAAUAUCCAUUUUAAAGAACUUUGGGAAAGUUAUUGAAUGCUAUUAUGAAAUUUGACACUGCAACCUGUUAAGAACCAGCGGGACAGAGGAGCUUUUUGAUUGACCGUUUCUCAGCAUGAAGAGCUGCAGCAGCGAAGGCCACCGCUGCGUCUGCUGGACCUUGUUUGAAACAAGAGGAGUAGAAGGAAAACAUUGACUGCGUCUUGGCAGAGCUUGACUCUGCUGCUGAGUGAUGCACUGCAUGAGACCGUAACAUGGAGCGACAGAUUGUGGAGCACAUCCAAAAACAUCCAAGGUCUGAUGAGCACAGGUCAGUCUGAAUCUCUCUUAAUUUUAUUCCUGGGGACACAAUCUCCCAACCAGCGUCAGAUGGCAGGACCAGCUGCAAAGAUGUCCUUUUAAUGAGCAGUGAAAUUAAAUUCACCAUCAUCAGUGGUCAGCGAAGCCAGAGGAGAAAGAGGCUGGACACAGCCUACAGUCUGAGUCUGCGCCUAAAACACAGCUCCGCUUCCCGCUGCAGAGCUUCAGACAGCAGCUUGUUGUGUGAAGACAGCGUCCUUGUCUCUGUUUAAUGCAAACUUCCUAGGCCUAGCUCUACGUAUAAUGACCUUUUUCUCACACUGGCUGCAUGAAUUAUGUUUCAACACUGCUGUAUUUUCUUUAAGCAAGCAACAAAGACAGCUCAUCUUUAAUGAAAAGUGCCAAGGUUGAUGUUGAAAAAGUGCUUUUUGAGCCCAUUUUAUUACAAAACCAGAAGAAAGUGAGUUUUUAAAAAAGAGUCAUGCUUAUUUUGUGGUUUUUGUACAUUGUGUUUUGGAAGUUACUGUCAAUGUUGCUGUUGAAUUGCCACUUGUGAGACACACAUCUGACAAAUAGGAUGGUCACAGUUUGCCUGUGUUGCACCAAAUGUGUUAAUAGAAGCAUGGUAGCCAAAAGCAUGCACAGGUUGUACCAGCACCACAGAAUUUAGUAUUAAUAACCUACUAUUGGGAGGAAAAUACACCACUUUACCUGUUCACUAUGACCCAUUAAUUAUGGAUUAUUCCGCUCUUGUUUCACUGUUUGCAUGUUACACCAUGUUUGUGCAUAAAGCAAAUCAACUUAUUUUACUCAGCUAACACAAAGAGCAACAGGGCAGUGUGUUCCUUCACAUUCCAGUGAUAAUAAAACUUUGUACU